AUGCCGUUGGUGGCACUGGUGGUCGCGAUUUUGACGAUUUUGACGCAACUGGUAUUGUUCUAUAAGCUUGGCUGCCAAAAGACGACAAAAAUGAAACCCAUCAUCCUCCAAGGACACGAACGAUCCCUCAACCAGAUCGCCUUCAACGCCGAAGGCGACAUCCUCUUUUCCGCCUCCAAGGACAAUGUCGUCAAUGCUUGGUACACUUCAAAUGGAGAACGACUCGGAACGUAUGGUGGAAUCAAGGGUGGUGUCGGGCACAAUGGUGCGGUCUGGACUGUCGCUGUGGACUCUCAAACGAAAUUCCUUUUGACUGGCGGAGCCGACAACGUGAUGAAGCUUUGGGAGGUUGAGACCGGAGAGUGUCUCUUUACUUGGGAGUUUUUGACGGCAGUGAAGAGGGUUGCUUGGAGCGAGGACGACUCUCAAUUCUUGAGCGUCACGGAGGAAAGGAGCCGACAGCCUAGUGUCAUCCGUAUAUUCAAAUUCAACCGAGAUCAACCCACUUCUCAACCCACCGAACCCACCUGUGAAAUGCGCUUGACUGGAUCCCGAGCUACUGUUGCUAUCUGGGCGCCCUUGUCCGACUACAUUGUCACUGGUCACGAGUCUGGCAAGAUCGCCAAGUAUGAUGUCAAGACUGGUGAAGAAGUGCAGGCAGUCGAGACUGAGCACUCUGGCCUUAUUACGGAUAUCCAACUGAGCCCGGACGGAACCUACUUCAUCAGUUCCAGUAAGGACAAGACAGCGAGAUUGUGGGAUUUGAAGACACUCGAGGUCAUGAAGGUGUUCCCUACCGAGACCCCCGUCAACAGUGCUGUCAUCACCCCCGGUAGACCAUACAUUAUCCUCGGUGGUGGUCAAGAUGCCAUGAACGUUACAACCACCUCUCAGCGUGCUGGUAAAUUCGAAUCAAGAUUCUUCCACAAGCUGUUCGAAGAGGAGAUCGGUCGUGUCAAGGGCCAUUUGUGAGUCUCGUUUGCCGCGAUGAGAAUCUCUCUAACAUCAUCUUCAGCGGUCCUAUCAACACCCUCGCUGUGCACCCCGAAGGUCGAGCCUACGCUUCCGGAGCUGAAGACGGUUUCGUUCGUGUCCACUGGUUCGAUGACUCGUAUUUCCGGAGCCGACCCUUUGGUGAUCUCGAGCCGGAAGUGGAGCCUUAGUUGUACGGAGGGAAGACGGGUUGAUUAGAUGUGGCACAUGCAUCCAUGUAAC